CACGGAGAACCAGUACAUUAACUCUAAUGUGUAAUAUGUGGUUGAAGGUAUUUUGAUAAAUGAAUAAACAUGUUGGUUUCAAACAAAUAUGUUUGUACCAAAGCAAGGGGCUAGUAAAUGGUGAAAAGUUUACAGAUUCCCUCCCACCUUAGCUGAAAGCAGCCCUCUCCCAAGGCCCUGAGCACGAGACCCCGGGCAGAUAUGCAAAAGGGAGACACAGCAUGUCUGGGGUGGCUGCAGGGGGCCAGCUGGCGGGAGUGGCACAGAAAGAGGAAAUGGAAGAGGUGAGAUGAACAACAGUUCCUUCCUAUUGUGCCGUCAAUGGAGCAUGAUAAGAAGAAGCUGGUCUGAGAUUCGGCACAACAUCUAAUCAAACUGACUAAACAGAAAUGCUAACAGAACUUCUACACUGGAGAGCAAGUUUGUGAUUUGAAUUCCAAUUGAAGACCCUAGAGAUGGACUAGACUGACCCUCUUGUGGGCUUCUCCCAGAAUGGGGUGAACUUCGCCCAAGGAAUACAGAGAAAUGGGGAGGAAAGAGACAGCGAGUGAGACAGAGGCUGAGACAGGACCAAACCGAGGCUCCUCCAUCAAGUGCUGGUUGGGCUACGAUGGCAGAUCAACUGGCUGGCUCUCCAGCUCCUGGUCUGUGUGGGUAGCACCAGGUACUCUGCGUGCAGAUGAACAAGGCCCUUGACCUUUGGGAAUUUGCAGUCUGGUAGGGAGAUUUAACCCAGAAUAAUAGGUCCCUUACAGACUUGGGAAGCUCAGAGCAGGGCAUCAGGGAGGCCUGGAGAGACUUGGGGAGGCUUCUGGGGGGAGACAGACCUGGAGCUGGUUUGUGGAGAAUGAGAAGGAUUCAGCUGCAGGCAAAAGGUUGACAGAUUCGCAGUCAGUGCUUGGCUGAAGAGAGAAGCAGGUAUUUUGAAAACAUUAGUAUAUGAAUCCAGUGUGUUAGGAGUAUGUCAGUAUAGUAAAGAUUUUAAGGUCUCUACCCUGAGGAUGAAGGGCGUUGUGUCACGUGGGAAAGGACAUCCUGCUGCCUGGCUUCAGAGGCUGGUCUACUCCCUUCCCAGGGCAGACAAUCCUUGCACAUCUUAAAGAGAAGGAAGGAGACGAGUUCAGAGCCUUCUCCCUCCAGCCCACUUUGACGUGGGGAAGUCCCGCUUCUUCUCCUUGACUAGUUUCUCUUGCUACAGUGCACUGCAGUCUCCGCACUGCAGCCGGGGCCAGUGGAGGACAGCUCGUAACUCUCCCCUGGGCAGAGAGCAGGUCCUCUGCUUGAAAGAAUUUGGAGCUCCAGGACCAGGUGCCUCCUCUGGGCAUGGCUGCCACCGCCUCCCCUCUGCCACCCACCACCAAGGUGGCUACUUCUGAAAACAGCAGCUCCUUCUAUGACUAUGAGUACUACCUGGACCAGGUGGCCUUCAUGCUCUGCAGGAAGGACGAGGUGAUGUCAUUUGGCAGAGUCUUCCUGCCAGUCUUCUACAGCCUGAUCUUUGUGCUGGGCCUGGGCGGAAACCUCCUUCUUCUAGUGGUCUUGCUCCGCUACGUGCCUCAAAGACGGAUGACAGAGAUCUAUCUGCUGAACCUGGCCAUCUCCAACCUCCUGUUUGUGGUGACGCUGCCCUUCUGGGGCAUCUCUGUGGCUUGGCAUUGGGUCUUUGGGAGUUUCUUAUGCAAGAUGGUGAGCACCCUCUAUACCAUUAACUUCUACAGUGGCAUCUUUUUCAUUAGCUGUAUGAGCUUGGACAAGUACCUGGAGAUUGUCUGUGCUUGGCCUCACCACAGGUUGAGGACCCGGGCCAAAAGCCUGCUCCUUGCUGCCAGUGUAUGGGCUGUGGCCCUGGCUGUCUCCAUCCCUGACAUGAUCUUUGUGAGGAUGCAUGAAAACCCCCUGGGUGUGUGGAACUGCUAUGCAGAUUUCGGGGGGCAUGGGACCAUCUGGAAACUCUUCCUCCGCUUCCAGCAGAACCUCCUGGGGUUUCUCCUUCCCUUCCUUGCCAUGAUCUUCUUCUACUCCCGCAUUGGCUCUGUCCUGGUCAGGCUGAAGCCCCCAGGCCAGGGCCGGGCUCUAAGGAUAACCAUAGCCUUGGUGGUGGCCUUCUUUGUGCUGUGGUUCCCAUACAACCUCACCUUGUUUCUGCACUCACUGCUGGACCUGCAAGUCUUCGGGGACUGCAGGGUCAGCCAGCACCUGGACUACGCACUGCAGGUGACAGAGAGCAUCGCCUUCCUCCACUGCGGCUUCGCCCCGGUCCUCUACACCUUCUCCAGCCGCCGCUUCCGCCAGCACCUCAAGGUUUUCCUGGCCACUGUGCUCAGACAGCACCAGGCACCUCACCUUGCCCAGGCCCCACUGUCCAGCUGUUCUGAGAGUAGCAGACUCACUACCCAAGAAGAAAUAACUGGCAUGAAUGACCUUGGGGAAAGGCAGGCUGAGGACAUCCCCAACAAGGGGGAUGUGGGAAAAAUUCAGCCUGAGCGGCCAGACCACGGUCCGUGAGAGCAGAUGGGACCUGGUUCAGUUGCGCUUGCUCCAGAGUCCUGUCUUCAGAGGCCUCAGUGACCAUGCUGCUGCGAACUUGGUGGUCAGUUCUUGGUCCUUGGCCAUCAGCAGCACGUACUCACUCCUGCCUUCUCCCUCCACUGUCUUCACUGCCUUCCAGGCCUGAGUUGCUGCAAUAGUUUCCCAGCUGACCUCUGUGCUUCCUGUCCUGCUCUCCUGUCAUCUGAUCUACACCCAGCAGCCAGAGCAAUCAGGCCAUCACGUCCAUCUCCCUCGGAGGAGCCCAAGGCCCACCACCCAACAGGCCCAGUUGGGGAAAUAUUAUUGUGAUAUUUUUAAAUGGUGGCUCCAGGCUCUGGCAAUCAGGAGGGGCCAGAGGUGCUCUACCUGUGGGAGUCCGCAAGUGAGAGGCAGAGUGAACACGUCUAUCUGGUGACCCAGGAGCCUAUGCCUCCUUCUGCCUCCUGUGCCUGCUCUCAAGAGCCUUCAGGGCUCCCAGGAGCCUGCACCAUCAAGUCUAGAACUUUUGUCCGACAUUAAGGCUGGAGCUUUCACAGUUAGGAUCCCAGACACCUUUUCUCCCUUCUGCUCCUUCAUCCCCAUUUUCAUUUCCUAGAUGCCAGGCACUCCUUGUUGUUUCCUGCAUGUUCCCAUCUCUUUGCUUUUGGGCUUGCCAGCUCCCUCAUGGAACAGGGAUCAUUUUCCAGCCAGGUAUCCCCUCACCCUUGUGUAACUGAAUCCUGCUGGUGCUGGGAAAUCACUCCUUGGUCAUCUGCCCUGUGCUUUGGGUGGAGAUUGGGUAGAGCAUGAGUCAACUCAUCCAGUUACGGCCUGAUGAUUCCCUGGCUCAGUAACGCAUUUAGGGAUGGGCACAUGACCCAAGCAGAGCUGGUGAAAUGCAACUCAACUAGAACAUGCUAGAACAGAGGCAUGAAACUGAAGCUGAAGGGGAUGUGAGGUCUGGAGCCACUCCUUCCUCAUCUCAAGCUUUAGAAGGUGAGGUGACAGCACUGUGAGUGAGAAGAUCCAGGGGGCAGUGCUCUGGCCCUGGAAUCAAGGCACUGCUGAAGCUCAUCCCAAACCUGGACUUUGCAGUUAUGUGAACCAAUAAAUGCCUUUCUGGUU